GAAAACCACUGACUGAAAUACAGCGAGCGGUAUAAAUAAAGAUUAUUAUAUAGAUUUUUUAUGUCGCUAGGUGCAGAACAAAAAUAAUGUACAAACAAAACAAGUAAAAAAUGUCACUGUCACUGUCAGUGUGUUACUAAAAGUCUUACUUUGUCAAAUCAAAUGUCAUUCAUUGUGAUUUACCAACAAAUGUGUGCGUAUAACCUACAAAGCUUCAAUAGAAUACUAUUUUUCUAGUGAAAAUGGAGGAUUUACAGCUAAAUAUUUCUGCAGCGAAAAAAAUUAAUAAAAAAACCAGUAAUGCUUCAAAAAAUGCCUCAGAAUACAAGUUUAUAUCCAAACCAAACUUUAUUGGUAAAACCAUAGCAAGAAAAAGACCUCUUAAGUUUAAUGAAACUCAUAAAAAAGAAGAGGAAGGGCCCCAGAAGAAAAUUUUCAAGCCUUUAAUUCAGGCAUCUAGCAAAUUAGAAACCAGAGAUUUAGCGUCAAAUUUAAGAGAUUUAAGUGAAAAUAAAGGUAAAUACCAAGGGAAAAAUUACCAAGAACUUAAUGAUGAAUUGCAAUUAAAACAAAAUAAGCCUAGAAGUGGUGGUUGGAUUUCAUCAUUGUUUAAAAACAAUCCAGAUGUGCCUCAUAUAGGUCAGCGGGCUGUGAAACCUUUGGUGGAGAAAGUAUUUGCUGGCAAAAUCUUUGCUGAUUUAGAUAUUCAUCCCCACACAGUUGCAAAUUUACAGCAAAAUUUAGGCCUGAAAGAAUUGAUGACAGUUCAACAAAAUGCUGUUCCGAUAAUAUUACAAGGCAGGGAUGUCCUUAUUAGAUCACAAACUGGUUCGGGAAAAACAUUGGCUUAUGCUUUACCUAUAGUGGAAGGUUUACAGGCUAUACGGCCAAAACUUAACAGAAAUGAUGGAAUCAAAGUUGUGGUUGUAGUGCCAACUCGGGAACUUGCUGUGCAGACCUAUGAACUGUUUGUAAAACUUGUUAAGCCUUUUACUUGGGUUGUCCCUGGUUUGCUAAGUGGAGGACAAAAACGAAAAGCAGAGAAAGCACGGCUCAGAAAAGGUCUCAGUAUAUUAGUUGGCACUCCAGGCCGAAUAAAUGAUCAUUUAAGACAUACAAAAUCUUUGAAUUUUGCAAAGACUGGUUGUUUAGUGUUGGAUGAGGCAGACAGAUUAUUGGACAUGGGCUAUGAAAAAGACGUAGCAGCUAUUGUGAAAGCUAUUCAAGACCAUAAAAAGGCCGCAACCUAUGACCCUAUUGCUUUAGCCAAGCAGAGCAUUCGCAAAGCUGAUGACGACAAUACUGAAAAAACAGAAGUCCCGGAUGAACAAAAGAAUUCAAAUUAUAAACAUCAUUUGACUAAAAUGUUUUUGUCUACAGAAAGGGAAACUAUUUUGCUUUCUGCUACCCUCACUAAAGCUGUAGAGAAUUUAGCUGGAAUCACUUUGGUGGAUCCUGUAUUUGUAGAUACUUCUGAAGGGAGAGCAGUUGUGGCUGAUUCUCUUAAACCACAACAAGGUGAAAUACCUCUUGUUCUAGCAAAUAUUGAGGGAACAUCUUUGAAAAAUGAUACAAAUAUAAAACCUAAAAAGGUUCCUUCAAAAGUUGAAGUGGUUCCUUUCAAUAUCGAAGAAAAAGAGGACCCUGUUGCUGAAGUUACUUCAGCAACUACUGAAACUAAAAGAGGUUUGAAAGCAUUCAGUGGAAUAAACCACAGAGAUUUAUUUGAAAAUCAAAAUAAACCACUAAACGACAAACCAUCAAAUACCACUAACAUAACUAAAGACGACAGUGACAGUGAUUCCGAUUAUGAAUAUUUUAAGAUGCAAAAUGAGUUAGACGUAAAGAGUAACGUAGUUGACAUUCACGAAGAAGGAGCAGAAUUAAAGCCAUCUGCGACCCAGAACACUUUCGUUGAAGCUGUUAAAACGGCAAUUGUAGAAGACGAAUUAAUAUUGCCAGCUACAGUAAACCAGACGUUUCUCAUAGUGCCCAUGAAACUAAGAUUUGUGACGCUUUGUUCUCAUAUUGUGGAACAUUGUGUGUUAAACAAGAAAGGUGGUAAAAUGAUCGUUUUUAUGGCAACUUUGGAAAUGGUAGAUUACCAUUCAGAGUUGAUCGAGACUGUGCUGACCGGCAAAAAUGUUAGAGUGAAAAAGAAAGAUAAGAAAUCUAAACACAACAAAAAGAAAACAGAUGAAGAUGAUGAGGAAAAUUUGUCAUCAGAAUCAGAAUUUGAAGUAGAUUAUGAAAAGCCUUCUGAGGGUGGAUUGGUGCCCGUUGAUUUAGAUAUGUUUCGACUUCACGGGUCGAUGCCGCAUGACCAGCGCAUGGAGGUUUUCAAACAGUUUCGAGCGGCUAGGAAUGGUGUAUUGAUAUGUACGGACGUGGCAGCACGAGGUUUGGAUGUACCGCGAGUGGAUUUGGUGUUGCAGUACUGUGCGCCUGCCUCCGCCACGGAUUACGUUCAUAGGGUUGGGCGUACCGGUCGCGCAGCGCAAGUCGGCGCUGCAGUUAUGUUUUUGCUGCCCAGCGAAGCCGAAUUUGUAAGGCAUCUAGAACAAAAAAGGAUAAGAUUACGGCAGGCAGAUGAAUCCCAUGCCCUGGAGGCGUUGCGUACGGUGGCUCCCACUGCAGCCAACCCUGCGCGCGCCGCCAUCGCCGUGCAGACGCAGCUGGAGUACACCGCGCACAGCAGCAAGGAGUGGCUCGCCAGGGCCAGCAGAGCCUACACAUCAUGGGUGCGUUUUUACUCGGGCUACCCUCGGGAAGUGAAGCAGUGGCUGGACGCACGGCAGUUGCACCUGGGUCACGCAGCCAAGGCGUUCGCGCUGAGGGACACGCCAGCCGCACUCGCGAGGAGGGCCAAGGCAGACCCUAACUUGAAGAAAGAGAAACCGGUGAACAGACUCACAGUCCGCGAUGAGGAGGAGAAGAAACGACCAGGGUUCUCUAAGAUUAUGGCAGGAGCCUUCGGUGGACGUAUAGUGAAUAAACAGAGUUCUAUGCAUACGGCUAGUGAGUUUGACAGUGGACUGCCGCCCAUAGAACCUCAGAAGAAAAAGAAGAAAAAUUAGAAACUAUAUAGCUGGAGGUAUAUCAAUAUUUGUACAUAAAAUAUCAAUAAUAAACGUAACGUAUUUCCAAAAGGCAUUUC